UUAAGGACAUUGUAACUUUGAGGAAUGCAAUGAGAGAUUAUGCUAUUAAGGGGGGAUAUGAUAUUACAAGAGUUAAAAAUGACUCUACUAGAUUAACAGCUAAGUGUUCCAGUACAGGAUGUCCCUGGAGGUUUCAUGCAUCAGUUUUGUCUGACCAAGUCACUUUCAUGGUUAAGACUCUACAUGAUGAGCACACAUGCAUAAGACCAUUAAGAAAUGAAAAUUUGAAUUCAAACACUAAGUGGAUAGUAGAAAAACUUAGGGAAAAUCUGAGGGCAGACCCUGACAUGAGUUAUGAACUCAUGCAGCAUGAGUUGAUGGGAAAAUGGGGUGUGGAAGUUCCUGUGUGGCAAUUAUAUAGAGCUAAGUGCAAGGCUAGAGAUGAGAAUAUGGGCAUGCAUUGUGAAAGUUUCCAAAAACUUAAGAAAUAUGUCCAUUAUUUGCAAACAUAUAACCCGGGUACAGUUGUAAAAAUUCAGCCAGCUCCAAGGGUUAAUGAAGAUGAUCCUUUUGUUUUUCAAAGAAUAUGGAUUAUGUUUGAUGCUAUAAAGUCUGGGUUUGAGAAUGGUUGUAGACCCUUUAUAGGAUUAGAUGGUUGCCACUUGAAGGGUCCAUAUGGAGGGAUUUUCCUAGUUGCAGUCAUACUGGAUGGAAAUAGAGGUGUGCUACCUCUUGCAUUUUCUAUAGUUGAAGCAGAAUGUGGUGAUAGCUGGACAUUUUUCCUAGAGAAUCUUUAUUCUUGCAUUGGUGGAGGAACUGAUGCUAGGCCUUUAACUAUUAUGUCAGAUAGGCAAAAGGGACUCAUUGAUGCUGUCAAAAAUAUAUUUCCCAAUGCAUCUCAUAGAGUUUGUUGCAGGCAUUUAUACAUGAAUUUCAAGAAAGAGUUCCCUGGACUGAUGCUCAGAGAUGAUUUUUGGAAUGCUGCAAAGAGUACUCAUUCUUAUGAGUUUUGGCUUCACAUGAAGAAUUUGAAGCCCAAGCGAGAUCAAAAGCCAUAUGACUGGUUGAUCAACAUACCAUUCAGUCAAUGGACUAGACAUGCAUUCUGGCCUGAAGCUAAGUGUGACAAUUACACUAACAACAUGACCGAAUCAUUCAAUGCAUGGAUAGUGAAAUUGAGAGGUUUGCCUAUUAUCAAUAUUAUUGAAUCUAUUAGGCAGAAAUGUAUGGUUAGGUUGCAUAGAAGAUUUGCUAAAGCUCAAACAUGGGAAGGGAUAGUUACACCAAGAACAAAGAAAGUAUUGAAUAAAAUCAUUACUGCCAGUAGGUUUCUUAAAUUGCUCCCUGGUAGAAAUGAAGAGUAUGAGGUUCAUGAGGGUCCAUGUAGGUUUGCUGUUAGUUUAGCUAAAAGGACAUGCAGUUGUGGAUGGUGGGAUAUAAGUGGUUUACCAUGCAAGCAUGCUGCUAGAGCAAUUGCAUAUGUUAGGGGCAAUAUUGAAGAGUUUUGCCAUGAAUAUUACACUGUGCAGUGCUAUUCAAGAGUUUAUGCAGGUGCCAUACAUCCUGUUCCUCAAGCUGAGCUUGAACCUGAUAAUAAACACCCAUCAAUGUUGCCACCUCCUUUGAGGAGGCAACCAGGAAGGCCAAGGAAGGCUAGAAAGAGAGAUGAGAGUGAACCACCAGCAAGAGGAAGGAGGACAGCAACUGUCACUUGUGCUAGGUGCUUACAAACAGGCCACAAUAAGAGAACUUGUCAAUAUGCUGCUGUUGGGGCAAAUAUGGCUGCAAGUCAAAAGAAGAGAAAACACACUACUGCAUCAGGUGCGGGGACUUCAAGAGGGGUUAAUACUAAUCAAGUGGGAUCAAGUGGUGGACCAACUAUCUAAAGGAGCCUUUGGAAUAUCAAAUGAUCUUUUUGAGAAUGUUGUUAGUUGAUGGGAUAUAAUUUGUACAUUUUAGGAAAACAUGUAUUUUGGGGCAUUGGAUUGAGCUUUUUGUCUAUUUGGAAAUAUUGUAAAUCUGUGCACAGAUUCUUUUCUGGGAUUUUAUCAUAGAUAUUGGUACAGUGCUACAGAUAUUGGCCUUACUUGAUCAUUAAAAUGGCAGUAAUAGAUGUAUGACAUUGUAAUGAUCAAGUCUGAUUUUGUAAAGUCUCAUUUUGUAAUACAUAUUUGAACA